AUGUCUUUUCCUUUACAUGAAAGGAAUCCACAUCAUAUGAAUGGUGGUUCCAACUUUUCAAACAACUGGAAUGCAAAUGGUGUCGUUGGUGGCAACAUGAAUAUGCAACAACAGGUCAAUGGAAAUUUGAGAUACUCCAAUGGCAUGCCCCAGCCAUCGAUGCAAAAUAAUAUGAUGAACCCAAUCGACUCGCUCGACUAUAGAAAUAAAUUAUUACAACAGCAACAAGCACAACAACAGCAACAACAACAACAAUAUAUUGGAUAUCAACAACAACUGCUCAUGCAACAACAAGCACAACAGCAGCAACAACAGAUGCAACAACUUCAACACCUGAAAAAGCUUCACUAUCAAUCUGAAUUGAACGAUGGAUCUGAUAUUUUAUUAAAUGGUGGUGGUGCUGGUGGUGUACACAAGAAUGAUUUGGUUUUGGACAGAUUCUCGUUCCUCAAGAUGGAAGAGAAUGGAAAUGGUCAUCUAAAUUUCCAACAACAACAACAACAAAAUCAAAACAACAAUAAUAAUAGUAAAUCUUAUUUAAAUCAAAGCAAUGGCAUGAUUAAUUCGAUGAAUGGUCUGGUUGGUGGAAUGAAUGGCAUAAAUUUAAGUUCCCACGAUCCAUAUUCAAAUUUUAAUUCUAUUCCAAACGGACAGCAACCAAAUAAUAGUAAUAGCAAUAGUAAUAUAAAGUUAAAUAGUAGUACCAACGGUACAAAUAGCAAUAAUAGUAAUCACAACUCUGUAAAUACCAAUAAUAUUAAUAGUUCAAAUAAUAGUCAUAUGAGUGGCUCCAAUGGAAUGCAACCAAAUCAAUCGCCAUCACUCAGUAUGCGCCCAAUAUCACCAUCGAAUCUCAGCCAACUCUUUUCGAUCUCCCAGAUUAUGCCAUCGCUAGCAUCCAAUGACUUUAUGGAAAAGUUUAGUAGCUCCUUUGACUUUGGUAUUCCUUCAUUCCCACAACCACAAUUCUUCCAACCACCUCAACAAUCACAACAACUACCACCAUCACAACAACAACAACAACAGCAACAACAACAAAACCCACUUUCACUUUCACAAUCAAAAAUACAAACACUCCGUCAAUCCACACCGGGAAUGUCUGGACUCUCACCAACAUUGCAACAACAGUCACUUUCAAAAUCUCUAACCUCUAGCGAUCUUUUAAAUCCACCUGUACAAUCAAAUCCAAUGUCUCCUCUCUUAAAUACAUCCAAUUCAAAUAUAUCAACACCACUUCAGCAAUCCCAACAAGCUAGAAUGGUACAACAACAAGUUAGUGUAAAUCCAUUGAUCCCACAACCACAACCAACUACACCAUCAUUACAAUCAUCACAAAACAUUCCACAACAAAUACAAUUACAACAACAGCAGCAACAAUUACAACAACUACAACAACAAUUGCUAUUACAACAACAGCAACAACAACAACAACAUCAACAACAACAACAACAACAGCAGCAACAACAACAACAACAACAACCAUCUUCACCAACUGCUCUAUUGGAUGAUGCAAACUUCCCAACUUUAAAUGCAAACAAAGAAGCAAAGAAGGUCACUGGAGAUACCAAAAAUCCAUUGUCUGCCUCACAGGAGAAGCUUAAAGAGGAAAAGCUUAAAAAGAAAAAAGAAGCCAAAGCAACAGCCGUCGAUAGUUUAGCCGCCCAAGAAAGUAAAGUCAAACUCUCAUGGUUUGAGUUCCAAAAUCUAAGCUCAAGUGGUGUCGACCCAAUCAUGGAGGGUAACAGUGACGAACAACCAAGUCGUAUACUCUGGGUUGGUAAUAUAGGUAUGGAUGUCUCUGAGGAGGAGCUCAAGUCUGAAUUCGGUGUCUAUGGUGAGUUGGAGUCUGUUCGUAUUCUCCACGACCGUUUCUGUGCAUUUGUAAAUUUCAAGGAUGCUAUCAACGCCGCCAAUGCCAAGCGUAACAUGCACAACCAGGUUCUCGGAUCACAGUUUAUCGUUGUAAACUUCCGUCAUCCAAAGUCGGACGAGAUGUUCCCCAAUGGAACCACCGGUACCACUCUUAUCACCACACCAGAGACUUUGAACUCUUUGUCACGUGCCAUCUACAUUGGCAACGUCAGUGACAAUCUGCCAGAGAAGGAGAUUCGUAAGGAAUGCGAGAAGUACGGUGAGAUUGAGUCGGUGCGUAUCCUUCGUAAGAAGGCGUGUGCAUUUGUCAACUUUAUGAAUAUUCCCAACGCAACGGUCGCUCUGCAAGCACUGAAUGGCAAGAAGCUCGGUGAUACAAUCGUUCGUGUAAACUAUGGUAAACCACAGCCACCUUUCGGAUCGGAGAGAACCUCGAGCCAACAGGAGUUGAACAACAGUGGCGGUAGCAACAACACUUCGCCGGUGCUUAGCCAACCACAUUUAAAUGUUAACUUGAGUAAUAUAGCUAGCAACAACAAAAUACAACAGCAAACACAAAACUCGCCAAGAAGUUUGGUUUCCGCCAACAGUUCCUGGGGAGGUGUUAUCACCAGAAACAACAACAAUAAUAAUAGCAAUAAUAUCAAUAGUAAUAAUAGUAAUUUAAAUAGUAGUUCGAUCAAUAGUAUAAAUCAUUUGCCAACCAAUAAUAAUAUAGAACUUAUUAAACAAGAUGUUUGUGAAUUUUGUUCAAUCGGACCAAAAUCUAAACUACUAGUACCAUGUUAUCAUUCCUGUUGUGAUUCUUGUGCCUCUAUGCUAAUUCGUCAUUCUCCAGAUAAAUUUGUUAGACGAGCCGACAGACAACCAACUAAAAAAGGCUGA